CAUUUACAUUUUUUGGUUUGAACCUUGACUCACAUUGGCUGAGAGCCCUCCACUCUUUUCCAUAUUGACCAUGUAUGUAUGUAGUAAUUGUCAUUGGUUCUUUAUGCAGGUUGUCUGUGUGUACGAGGAGAUCAGAGAGGCAGACAGACAGACAGACACACUCCCUGUGGUCAUCUCUGUAGUCUACUCUACUGUCAAAUCACCUACCAACUCUACAACCUACCCUACUGACCAAGCCUCUACAACCUACCCUGCUGGCCAAGCCUCUACAACCUACCCUGCUGGCCAAGCCUCUACAACCUACCCUGCUAGCUCUGCCACAGAUUCUAGAGUCUCUUCAAGUCCUCCAACUGCCAGUGGAACCCAGGAUGAUUCCAUCUAUUCUACAGCCCAGCUACCCAAAGAUACUGUAGAAUCUACAAGAUACCCUGCUGUACACCUCUCUAAAGACACUCCAGAAGAUGCCAUCUACUCUACAGCCCAGCUACCCAAAGAUACUGUAGAAUCUACAAGAUACCCUGCUGUACACCUCUCUAAAGACACUCCAGAAGAUGCCAUCUACUCUACAGCCCAGCUACCCAAAGAUACUGUAGAAUCUACAAGAUACCCUGCUGUACACCUCUCUAAAGACACUCCAGAAGAUGCCCUCUACUCUACAGCCCAGCUACCCAAAGAUACUGUAGAAUCUACAAGAUACCCUGCUGUGCACCUCUCUAAAGACACUCCACAAGAUGCCCUCUACUCUACAGCCCAGCUACCCACAAUAAUGUAGUACUAUAGAAUAUAUAAAAGGAAUGUGUCCCAAAUGACACCCUAUUAUCUAUCCCCCAUAUGGACCCUGGAUAAAGGCAGUGCUCUAUAGAGAACAAGGUGCCAUCUGGGAUGAAGAGAAGCUCCCUGUAGAGAGAUGAAGGGUUGUCACCACAGAGCCGCCAUCUUGGAACGACAUUAAAAAACAAUCCCUUUCCUGUUUCAAAUCCUCCUUGACAUAUUGUAUUAAAACAUCUCAUGUGGUUUUACUGAAUAUAAUGUCUGUAACAUAUGAA